AUGGAAAUUUGCCUCUGGCAUAAACGACAAAAUUGCUCAAAUUUGUUUGGGGUUAAAGUGGCUGAAAUUGGAAAACGCUGUAGAAUUUCAUGUCAAGCCCAAUUUUCCGAGGGAAGUUAGAUCGAAGUGUGCAAUGCUUCAGUUGAGUUAAGUUAUCAGGAUUCCCCAACUAGAUGGUGCAUAUUUGUCAAGUUGUUAAAUAGCUAAUAAACUCUUAGCACAAACGAGAUACAUGAGUGAAACCGAAGUUGUAAAUGUUCAUAUUGCUUUGACCUGUUAUGAGAUGUCAAAAACACUACAGAAACUAUAAAACACUGCUUUAAUGUGCAACGUGAUGUAACUUUUUUUCCCGCUUAACGGCAAUUUUUUAACUGCAGUUCCCCAGUUAAAAACCCUUGAUGAUUGCUUUGGGCGUUUACGCUCAACAGGAAUAGAUGCAUAUUUUCCUUUGUGGACCCGUUUAGCUUUUCGUUAAGACUUUCUCAAAGUCCUUCGUUUCUCAUUUCCGGUUCCGGUAGUUGGCCCCAGAGCUCUCGAUCUCUCGCUCUCUUUUGCCACAGAAAACAUAAAAAAUCUACCGCUGGCGCUUCGCGCUCGUGAAAAAUUUUGUGUUCGCCUUGUAGGCAAGUCUAGCUUUUCGUUUAAGCACGGUAGAGAAUAGUCUGCUACACAGCCGUUUUUAGUGUCGUCACGCAAUGCUCCUCCCCACAGUGGGGAGGAGCGUUGCGUGACGACACUAAAAACUGCUGUGUAGCAGACUAGGUAGAGGAGGACUGGUUAUGAAACGCGGCAAACAUCUAUGAUAAAAAUACCAGUGCUGCCGUUUAGGUUUGAAGCUCCUCGUCACAAAAUGUGACGGAAUUAUUUGAUUAGUGCGACGUGUUUCUUGGUCUGUAAAAUCAAAGUGAUAGGAGGGUCUCAAUGGAGUUAACCAGCCUGCUUCUCAGGCGCAGCGUUUUCGCGAGCUCGAAACGCGAGUGACUCGGGAUGAACUGCAAGGGACCAUGGGAAGGGUACAGUCCUUCCCGCCUUCCUUUGCGCGCACAUUUUGGUCGAGAUAAAGACGUCUAGCUACGUCUGGGUACGAAGCAGGGGGUUCACCGUCACCCUUAGUCACCUGUCGAAAAAGGUUAUUUUUUAGUAUCAACAUUGCAGCUACAAUGAUAUUAAUCGUCGGAAAGUUUCAAGGAAUUUUAUAUCUCACUAUUUCACCAAGCUGAUUUUAAGGAGAUCUCAGUGGCUCCUGAGGAAUCUCUAAAUGGGCAAAAACCAGUUGUAACGUUCUCAAAAACACUCUCUAGACAUUACAAGACCUUACAACUUGUUUAUAGACAUAUUUCAAAAUUUCGCAAGUGAAUUAAAGGCCAUAACACAACAGUUGAUAUAUAUUUAUAUAUUGCUCGCCAGAGAGCCAUUCCAGAUUUUCCAGGAAACAAAGGACCCUCCAGGAUAAGCCCGCCGUGCAUAAUUAAUCUCUUUCAACUAUUGUAUGUGUUGUUUAUGCCGAAAAAGUACAAAGACAAAGGCUAAGAAAUGUUACUUAAGUCCGGCGUUUGGUUUACAAUAAUAUUUCUGUAGUUUCGAAUACCUAACUCGCCUCUGGAGCGUUUGCCAUCUCGGGCCAUGAAUAACCGCAUAACGCCCGUUAUCGGUAAGUCUUAGCAAACUUUUCUUAUAAUUGAGAUUACUUAUCAUCUUCGCAAAUAUUGAUCACGUUAUUGUCAACUCGUCUGAGAGUCCGGCAAUGCAAUCGCUUGGGUCAAGAUAAAUCAGCUAAGAUUUUGUAACAGAUCUUAUAAGAGCAGAGAUUACAUGAUUAAAACCCUCUAAGCGACUGCACUCAUUUAUUGAUUUAAGUUGAACUGAUUUUGAACGAAAUUGUUUUCGAUUUGUCGGUUACUGAGCAAGAUCCGAAGUGUAUUUGGACAAUUUGACAAGAUUUUAUACGAUGCUCCUCAAGCUAUUUCACACACCUCGAACUCGACGAAGUUUGAUUUGUCCUGGAAAUUCGAACAAAACUGGCGAUUCGGGACGUAAGAUUUAUGAGGGGGCCUAGAAAUAAACAAAUACGAUUUUGAUAAGUACAUGCAGAUCGAAAUAAGGGGCUAGGGACGCCGAAUGUUGCUUAGGGCUUAGCCUGUAGUGUAAACACAAAGUAAAACCGCUUUUUUUCGACACUAAGGUCAAACGCUUUGUUGCAAUAUUUGGAAAUGUUGUGUUAUAUGGAGCUCAGUUGUUUGCACAGGUUUAAGUUCUAUCUGUAACGUUACAAUUUGUCCAUAGUGUAAACUUUAUUUGACAAAAUCUUCUGCAAUUUUCUCUAUUUGCAUAAAGAUACCGAGGCUGUGUUGGCUGAGAACAACAAUGAUGGUUCUUGGCCUGCAGACUACGAAAAAGGCGACCAGCUAGCGGGCACUGCCGGCGAUCUUCCGAGCUACCGGUCUCAGAGGUCGAUUCAUGAAAGUAGUAGUGCAAGGAAAAGGAAUUCUAUAAGGAGAGCAAGUUUACUGGACAAUCAAAGUGAGAUUCUAGAUAUCGAGGGAUUCACGAAUGAUACUGAUGUUGUACCGCGAACGAGGGUGCUUGCAUCUCCAGUACCACUGAAGCUACGUUACGCGUAAGUACUAACUUAAUAUUUUGGGAACUCAGAAAUUGACUUUCCCUUAGAAAAGAACAUUUUUGGGAUAAAAAAGUAUUGGUUCUUUUGUUUCUUGUUAUUGAAAGACGUGAAACCAUCCCUUCAUCAUAAAUUUCCGUUCCGCUCAGUUUUCUGUUGCCUUGAUCCAAAAUAAGGAUACUAGAUUUUCUACACUAGAAAACACCUUUUGGACACUUCUCUUGGUUUUUAUCUCUUUAGUGUGAUACUGUAUUUACUUAACUGGAGUUCUGCAAAAUAUGUGAACUAAAAACCAACAAAAGAGAAUUUUAAUGAAUAUACAGCAAACAGUUGCUGAAAUAUGUAUGAACCGUUAAGUCAGAUUUGCAGUGUCGUAAAGUGAAAUAAUCGCACCUUAGUAAGGAGUUACCAUUUGUGUUCCCUUCUAGGUUUUAAUGAACUCGGCAUUAAAAGAAGUAUUUGCUAAUUACCAUUUUAAAGGUCCAUUGUAUUCUGUUUACAAUUGGUCCCGAUUACUUUUUUGUUCUUUGUUUUCAAUUAAGAAUUUUAAACAAUAUUGUGAAACGAGAUGGUCGAUCGAUUUGCCAUCCUUUUACGUUCUUGCGACGUUUAAUUCAGUAACUUUAUCCCACGCAUAGAUGUAGUUCUGCUAGUUGAAAGUGUAUUCGCUGUUAAUUGACUGAAGUUAUCUUAUCUCAUAUGUAGGAUUCUGCUUUGUCAAUUUUCCUAUUAAAUUCAACCCCGUUUUGAUUGCGUGGGGAGCCGGAAACUAAGUGGAGCCAACUAAAACAGCAAAGGUAGAAAUAAGUUGAAAAACGAACCAAAGUUCUCCAAAGUUUCAACUUUGUAAUGGCGGACGGUAUUUACGCACUUUUCAGUGGGAAAUUUCCAGCCCCCGUACGCAAGUAUCGUUCCAAUUUUUCGCUAUUUGUAUAAUUUUGAACAUAUACAAAAGAUUUAUGUUAAAAAAACUCGAAAACAAAAACAAAAAUUUUCAUCGUAGUAGCACUUUAACAGAUUUCUUCCUAUUGAAAAUGCCCUAAAAAUUGCUUUGAACGCAAACAAAAUCGUUUUGAUAAAGCAUUGAGAAUGUUAGAGAUCAACAGCGACUUAAGAAAUAGGAGAUAAUAUGCACAAAAUGUGAUCCUUUUUGUUCAUCGGUCCUUACCCGUUUCUUCUCUAAUUUGGAAUUGAAAAUGAACUUUUAAUUAGUAAAUUGAAAUAAAAAUGAAACCCCUGUUAUUUGACUACUGUGGAGUCUUGAGCCAAAACAAAGAGACUGAUUUGCUUUACACAAUGCUUCUAGGAUGUGGAAGAGGCUCGAUCCCCUUUUUAACACCCAAUCUAACAUAAUACUGAUGUGUAUUGCUAUUCAACGUAAAGUUUAGAGCGCUUUUCAAUUGAGUGUCGAAAACCAAAACCAAAGUAAUCACAACGGCCAAUCAGAGUAAAGGAAAUUAUCAGAGGGAGCCAAUGGCAACUCGAAGUAAACGCGUGUAACCGGCCUGAAGCGUGGGAAAACGCGAGUGACCAAGGAGCGAUUGGUUUAAGUUUACAUCUGAUUGGCUGAGAGGGUGGCGCGAGUUUUCUAGACCAAUCAAACAACACAGUAAAGCAAAACCAAUUCAAUCCUGGAUUACUUUCAACACUCAAUUGAAAAUUGCUCUAACAGGUAAAAAAUAUUGACCUUAUAAAUGAGUAUUCUCAACUGCGAAUGUGAUGGAGUGAAAGGCGAAAGUUCUCCACUCGUGUAAGGCAAUCGCGCACCAAUUUUCGACCCUGAAUUAUAUAUCAAGAAAUAAACAUCUAAAAAUAACAGUUUGGUGUUUAUUUUGCAGCAAAUUAGUCAAGAAUGAUAAGGGGAACAAAGUGAAACGAAUUUCUGGCUGGAAGGCUUUCAAGCUAAAAGUUGCUAUGGUAAGUAGUGCAUUUUUAUAGCGUAUAACUGUAAAGUCAGAUAAUCUAAACUUCAGUCACCCCGUAACCGUGGAUUUUUCUGAGCAGGGAGCGUUUUUAUAAACUUCUCUAUUUUUAUAUAAGAUUGCGCAUUAAAGAGCACGGGGACACUUGCUAGGAAACCGAUUUCGAGUUUUCUGUAGUUGUUUUCUGCAUGGACAUCUGUCAGGGGCACCCGACGAGAAUAGAGUUCAAAACCACUUAAACUUAGCAUUGUUGAACGUAUUUUAGUAUUUAAACGGUAGAUAUAGGAAUAUUUUUAUCCCCUAAAAAUUUUUCAUCUGUUCGGAUUUCCCAGCUGAAAGUCUAGUGAUCCGAAAAUUAUAGGGAUCAAAACUUACCUUUUCGAAAAUUUCAGCCAGAAAGAAGGCUCCCGAAAAUUCUAGGUGACCUUUUAAGGGUAAAAAUACGUGAAAAAUGGGCAAUUAUAGCAGUUUUUAGAUGUCUUUUUAGCUUUUUUUAGAUGUCCUAGGUGAGGCAGGCAAGCAAAAAAUUUUAGAACAAAAGUUCCGAAAAUUCUAGAUCUCAAACCGACUUCCGAACAGAUAUUUUCCGAAAGUUGUCGAUGGGUGCCCCUGAUCAGUCGCACGGCCAACCUUAGAAUACAGUUCUAAACAGAGCAGUGCCUUUUUAAGUUUCUUAUGGGUGUUAAUACAAAACAUGGGGAACGAUUAAAGAAAAAUAGGAACAAAACAGGGAACAGGUAGUGAAGUUACUAAUAGAUCAUAGACUAAUAGAGUUCGUCAGUUCCCUGCUCUCUUUUCCUCGUUUUAAUAGCAUCCAUCCCAUUGUCUUUGUUGAGACAGUUGACUACUGGUUUGUCUGCCAGUUCUGAAUUAUGGUAAGCUCUCUUGGUUGUCCCUCUCAGUUCUCCCCAUUGAACAACCUCUUGAUUUGAAAAAAGCUUUUUGCCGCAUUUCCUUUCAAUUGUAGUCCUGGAAGUCGACCACAUCAGCGUUGUCACAAUGGAGUCGCGACUACGAGCUGUGGAAAGGGCAUUUGAAAGAAGUGGAAGGUACGGGCUGAGGCCCGAGUGACCCGAGGGCCCGAGUGACCCGAGUGAUCGAUGAAACGUCAACUAGUACAUACAUUUUGUUGUCCUGCAAUCAAUCACUAUUACGAAUUGUUGAAAAUAUAGUAGGCGCUAUUUGAAAACUGCAUUUCAUGUCUGUGAGUCUCAGUAAAAUUAAUGAACGAACAGUGCCGAUGUUAUGAUAACUCUUUCGUCCACUUUUAAUCAAGGGCCGCAUUCUGCCUACUUGUGAUUGGUUCUUGUUUUGGCUUCGAUUGAUUGCAUUGUUGUUUGCUUUUAGCUUUCAUGAUAAUGUGUUUCUCUUUGUAGCUUGUUCCAGGCUUUCCGUUGGUGGGAAGCGAGUUUUAAAAAUCGUAGGCAGCGAGCGCAAACCAUUUUUAUCGCGUCCUACUAAUUUUUCACCCGUGCCCUGGAACAGGCUAGUCUCUUUUGUUCAUUCUGUUUCCAUUUCCUAAGCACCUAAACACGCUGCACAAAAGCGUCACGCGCACAAAAUAGACAAGACCAUGCAAUAAAAAAAGCUUGAGGGAUCUCCCCAGCCCCCCAUCCCUCUACUCCACAUCCUAAUAUUUCUGUAAAAGUGCUAUCAACAGGUAGAGAAAACUUGCCAUUUUCUUAGGGAAAAGCCCGGGAAAGUUGCACCAGAGUUGAAGGAAGGUUUUACAGAAUUCACAAACCGCAACAAUAAAACGUGAAGCGUGCGUUUGUUUUGCUCAUUACGGCGAGUCCGGGUCUCCCUCCCUUGAUGUUUGGGACAUAUUGCUUAAAUUCACGGUACACAAGCAGAAUUUCGGGAAAAUAUGACUUUCCUUUACAUUUCUUCCUUAGCGCAGAUCUCAAUCGCGUUUGUUUAAUUUGUAUUUUGUUGCAGGCCGUUUUGGGAGUGGAGUGUUGUCCUUCUUCGUUUUAAUGAAGCAAAUGUUGUUCUUGAAUAUCGUAAGCUUCAUGUUGGAGUUUGGAUUGGUUUCUUUACCCACUAUAAUAGCUAAUACGGACGUUAAUUCUCUGAGUAGUACAAACACCUGCAGUAUUGAUCAGAGCAGUUUAGAGAACGCGUCCGUGGGAGAUAUGGCUGUCGAUUUCAUCUCAGGAAAGGUUAGCCACCGAUCUGCUGGUUUUACCAAAAUACACAAAAUAAUCGGUUACAUCAUUAGAAAAUUAGAAAAAGAGAUUGUAUUGAAAAAGGGUUAAGAUUUGUUUUUGCGAUUUUCGACAAUUAGUCCGGUUGGUUGGGAUCAUGGUUUGGUUGCAGAGUUUAUUAUAACCGGCGAACCAUUCGCCACUAUAAAAAAGAGAAGGAGGCUUCGGGUGCUGUUACUAAGAACAAGGGAAAGGAUCUGUGAAUACGCCACUUGCACAUCUGCCACAAUGCACCUUUUUUGCCCCCACCCCAAAUGUUGCAUAAUCUUUGUUUUUCAUUUCUCCUUGGUUUUACAGCUGUCCUAUAAGAGAAAUUGAAAACAAUGCUUAUGCAAAAUUUUGGGGGCAAAUAAGGUGCCUUAUGGGAACCAUUGCGGGAAGCAUUUCUUCUCCCGCCCGAUCGAUUCAUGCUUCGUGUUAACGUUAGGAAAGCUCGCAAGCCUCUGAUCGAUCCACUGGCUUUAUUUCAUGUCAUACUUUCAUGUUUUAAUUUCAGGGCUGGGUGAAUGCUACACUGAUGUUUUACGCUGGAUAUCCUGCUUCUAAGUUGACAUUUGACAGCGGCGUUGUGUAUAAUCUUCCCUUAGCCUAUCUUCUUGUUGGAAUGUUUUAUUUCCUCAUCAUUCUUUUCACUAUGGUGCACAGGUGAGAGGAACGUUAGCGGUUUCACCGCAGCUGGGCAGGUGGAUGGUUCUAAAACCUCUUGUUAGUAGAGAGCAAGCAACACAGUGAUUCUUUUACAAUCACUGGAAGCGAAUUGAGUUUGCAUUCAUAUUUUUUGCUGUCCAGUUAAAUUCUUUUGGACCAUGUCAUUAACCAGCUGCAAAAAUAAGUACAUUAUAUAACUUAAGGGCCGGUGUUUACAAACGCCCACGACCAAGUUCUUCGUGUUGGUCCAACAUCAGUGAUGUCUGAUUUCAUUCUACACUUUUGAGUGAAGGUGAUUCACUAUAACUCAACAAUGUUGAAUACAUAAUAUUGAUCGUUUUGAACGGACCUUGAGAAUAAUCCUUGAGAAUAACACUGGACGAAAAAACGGAUUUGCCUAAGUUUGCUAGUUGAGCAAAUCUAUUGUAAAUUUAGGGUACUAAUGUUGCUACUUAUUUGUUCUUGGUGCAAAUUUUGUUCGAAAGUGAAAGUUUACUUUUCUGCAAGGGUGGCGUAAAUGUGGAGUAAAUUUCAAGUUUACAGAUAUUUUGUUUCACUUUUGCUCCCCAUAGUAAAUUUGGUGUUUAGAUUCAAGUUUGCCACCAUUUUGUUCUGUGUGUAAAAAUCGAACGUCAAAACUGAAUGUUUGCUUGAUAUUUUCUGGCAUAGCAAAGUUACUGUGUAAAUUUAUGGUUACUAGAGGCGUAAAUUUAAGCAAAAUAUGAUCAAAGAACUAUCUUUACGACCACUUUAACCAACGUUUGCACAUUUACCAAACUUCACAGUGUUAUUUCACGCAAGUUUUGAUUUUCCAUUGCAUUUUCCGUUUCAAUCACCAUCACAUUCUUCUCAAAGUUUAUAAUAUUACUUGCUGCAGCUGGUUAUUUCGGGUAAGGCCAUCCCCCUUUUUUUUCGUUUUUUUUCGUUUAGCGUCGAAUGCGUUGUGUCGGUGGCACGGAAAAAAAUAUCACAAGAAGUCUCGGAAUAGGAGGCCCUGACGUAAAACGUUACCAUUUACAAUUUGGGUGAACAAAAUGCACAAUAUGUGAAAGGUUUGAACCCAGGAGUCAUUUCAAUAGUAGAUUGCAGAGUUUCAUCGUCCGGGUGAAUGUAGUCCUGAAUGCACUCCGUCGCAAGAGCAGCCGCCAUGUUUGUUGCCCAGGCUUCCAUGUGACUUUGGCACAUGCGCGAUUUGAUUUACAUUGUCACGUGCGCCUUUUGAACCAAUAGAAUAGUGUAAAAUAAACUUUCGUUGAACAGUUCAAAUUCACGCGGACUUCACAAGCGAUACAGCGUUGCAAAACGAGUAGUUUUGUUAUUUUCGGAUAAUAGAAAGCCUGUCUUUCUAUUCAGCUGUUCUUUACGAUUUAUACCUUUGUUAUUUUCGAGAGACAGUGAUCAGUUGCGAUAUUCUUCACAUAAAGCCUGUUUCCAAGUCAUCAACUCAGCUGGAUUGCAGAAAGGUAUGUUCUUCUUGAUAUCGUGGUUCGUUUACUUACUUUGGUUUUCUAAUAACUUUGCGUAAGCUUAAAACCUCAAAGAUAAAUCUUAAAAUUUAAGAUGCAUGCACAGAUAUGCCAUUGAUUGAUUCCUUUUUGUUUACUGCAGAAAUAACUGUACUCUUUGUUGCGCAUCGUCUUCAUUAUUAAAUAGAAUAAUCUUAAGUAGCCGGAUCUUGAGCUGUGCAGGCAAACAUUUCUUUUACACCAAUAUAAGUCGGUGAUGUGACCUUAGCAUGUCCAUAAUUCAGAAAUUUGGCUUGUUGUACAGCUGAGUUAAUAUGUUAGAUCUUUGGGGUUACUGUACUUUUCAGGUGACAGCACUUGACAAAGCAGUGGUCACUAUAAUUUAUUAUUUAAUAUUCUACUACAUUUCAAAUGACAAAUGAUUUCCCUUUUGAAAUUUUUACAGUCAAAAACUCUUGUUUUACAUCUAUACAUAAUUAUGGUUCAGUGAUGUUGUGAAAUCUUAAUUUGGUUCAUUUUGCAAGUGACGGCACAAGUUUGCCAGAUCUUGAAGCAUAUGUGUCAUUCUGAGUGACCAUUGUAUUAUUGUUCCACAUUUAAAUGACAAAUGAUUCUUAUUUCAUAAAUUGUACCAUCCAAACCUCUUAUGGUUUAUGCAUAUGGUUCAGUGAUAUUGUGAGAUCUUAAUUUUUUUUUUCAUUUUGUGAGUGACCGCACUUGCCAGAUCUUGAAGUCUAUGUGUCCCUCUGAGUGACCACCGUAUUAUUGUUCCACAUUUAAAUGACAAUUGAUUCUUCUUUCAUAAAUUGUACCAUCCAAAACUCUUAUGGUUUAUACAUAUAGUUUAGUGAUAUUGUGAGAUCUUAAUUUUGGUUCAUUUUAUGUAGUGACGGCAUAUGCCAGAUCUUGAAGCUUAUGUAUCAUUCUGAGUGAGCACCAUAUUAUUGUUCCACAUUUAAAUGGCAAGUGAUUCUUCUUUCACAAAUUGUACCAUCCAAAACUCUUAUGGUUUAUACAUAUGGUUCAGUGAUAUUGUGAGAUCUUAAUUUUGGUUCAUUUUUGAAAGUGACGGCGUAUGCCAGAUCUUGAAGCCUAUGUGUCCUUCUGAGUGACCACCAUAUUAUUGUUCCACAUUUAAAUGACAAGUGAUUCUUCUUUCAUAAAUUGUACCAUCCAAAACUCUUAUGCUUUAUACAUAUGGGUCAGUGAUAUUGUGAGAUCUUAAUUUUGGCUCAUUUUUGAAAGUGACGGCAUAUGCCAGAUCUUGAAACCAAUGUGGCAUUCUGAGUGACCACCGUAUUAUUGUUCCACAUUUAAAUGACAAGUGAUUCUUCUUUCAUAAAUUGUACCAUCCAAAACUCUUAUGGUUUAUACAUAUGGUUCAGUGAUAUUGUGAGAUCUUAAUUUUGGUUCAUUUUGCGAAUGACGGCAUUUUUUUUCAUUUUGCGAGUGAAGCCUAUGUGUCAUUCUGAGUGACCACCGUAUUAUUGUUCCACAUUUAAAUGACAAGUGAUUCUUCUUUCAUAAAUUGUACCAUCCAAAACUCUCAUGGUUUAUACAUAUCGUUCAGUGAUAUUGUGAGAUCUUAAUUUUGGCUCAUUUUGUGAGUGACCGCACUUGCCAGAUCUUGAAGCCUAUGUGUCAUUCUGAGUGACCACCAUAUUAUUGUUCCACAUUUAAAUGACAAUUGAUUCUUCUUUCAUAAAUUGUACCAUCCAAAACUCUUUUGGUUUAUACAUAUGGUUCAGUGAUAUUGUGAGAUCUUAAUUUUGGUUCAUUUUGCGAGUAACGGCAUUUUUUUUCAUUUUGCGAGUGAAGCCUAUGUGUCAUUCUGAGUGACCACCGUAUUUUGUUCCACAUUUAAAUGACAAGUGAUUCUUCUUUCAUAAAUUGUACCAUCCAAAACUCUUAUGGUUUACACAUAUGGUUCAGUGAUAUUGUGAGAUCUUAAUUUUGGUUCAUUUUGCGAGUGACGGCGUAUGCCAGAUCUUGAAGCCUAUGUGGCAUUCUGAGUGACCACCGUAUUAUUGUUCCACAUUUAAAUGACAAGUGAUUCUUCUUUCAUAAAUUGUACCAUCCAAAACUCUUAUGGUUUAUACAUAUGGUUCAGUGAUAUUGUGAGAUCUUAAUUUUGGUUCAUUUUGCGAAUGACGGCAUUUUUUUCAUUUUGCGAGUGAAGCCUAUGUGUCAUUCUGAGUGACCACCGUAUUAUUGUUCCACAUUUAAAUGACAAGUGAUUCUUCUUUCAUAAAUUGUACCAUCCAAAACUCUCAUGGUUUAUACAUAUCGUUCAGUGAUAUUGUGAGAUCUUAAUUUUGGCUCAUUUUGUGAGUGACGGCAUAUGCCAGAUCUUGAAGCCUAUGUGUCAUUCUGAGUGACCACCGUAUUAUUGUUCCACAUUUAAAUGACAAUUGAUUCUUCUUUCAUAAAUUGUAUCAUCCAAAACUCUUUUGGUUUAUACAUAUGGUUCAGUGAUAUUGUGAGAUCUUAAUUUUGGUUCAUUUUUUAGUAGUAACGGCAUUUUUUUCAUUUUGCGAGUGAAGCCUAUGUGUCAUUCUGAGUGACCACCGUAUUUUGUUCCACAUUUAAAUGACAAGUGAUUCUUCUUUCAUAAAUUGUACCAUCCAAAACUCUUAUGGUUUACACAUAUGGUUCAGUGAUAUUGUGAGAUCUUAAUUUUGGUUCAUUUUGCGAGUGACGGCGUAUGCCAGAUCUUGAAGCCUAUGUGUCAUUCUGAGUGACCACCGCAUUAUUGUUCCACAUUUAAAUGACAAGUGAUUCUUCUUUCAUAAAUUGUACCAUCCAAAACUCUUAUGCUUUAUAAAUAUGGGUCAGUGAUAUUGUGAGAUCUUAAUUUUGGCUCAUUUUGCGAAUGACGGCACUUGCCAGAUCCUGAAGCAUAAGUGUCUUUCCAAGUGACCACUGUAUUACUGUUCCACAUUUUAAACGACAAUACCUCAUUAUUUAUACCUUUUGUACAGCUCAAUGAUGUCGAGGGAUCUUUGUUAGUUCAUUUUGCAAGUAAAUGCUUUGGCUUUAUCAUGCCAAAUAACCACAAUUCAUCAAUUAUUGUUCUAAGCAACAUGUGGGUUGCCUUAAUGUUACGUUUCUCAGGUUCUGACCGGUUUUACGGUUUAUGUGUACAGUUGAGUCAUGGUUGUGCUCUGUUAGAGCCUGGUGACCUGUGGGACACUAUCAGUUCUGCUCUUGAAUGACAGGGGAAUUAAUUUAUUUCAGUCUUUAUUUACACUUAAAAGAGUCUUAAUUAAACAAAUGCAGAUUCAACAGAAAGAGGCAUUCCUGCUCUCUACUUUAACACCUGUUCCAAAAAACAUAUUAUAUAUUUAAUGAAAAAGUUAGUAGGAAUAAAAUGCGGGGAGAAAUUUUUCUCACAAAUAUCCUCAAACUGUUCCUUUGAUUAAGAGAGUGUUUUCAGCUUUUAGCAUUGUGUCAUUGUUCUGCAACCCAAUCAUUUACACUGAGUAUGAGCAGUACAUGCUUGUUUACCAACUGUGGGUUACUUGUUGGCUGCUAAAUCAUGGUUCGUCAUUUUUCUUUCAGAAAAAAAAUUAAAAGGCCAAUAUGCUCUGAGGGAGUCAACUAGCAUCAGUUAGUCAGACAAGGACAAGUACCUUGCAUGUAUGUCCUUUGCAUAUAUGUCAUCAGAGGAGUCUUUGUCUGAAACAGCUGUAUCAGAGUGGCAUGAAGGUAAUUCUUCAGGUUCAGAUGAGGACCUCCCAAACAGGGAAAAUCUCUGUGUAAGGCCACUUUCCUGGCAGAGCAUUGAGGUUAAUGGUUUAAUGGCCCAGUUGGACCGCAAAGUUGCAUGGUGUCAAAGUCAAUGAAGUGAAAAUAAUGGUAAUAGAGCACACAGUGAGACCAGCAUCAAAUCAAGGAGCACCAGACGAUGCUCCUGAGUUUGCUCUGGCACCCACCACUUACAAUAGAAAAAGGAACUUGAUCAUAAGCAUAACACAGAUAAUUUUUCGAAGAACAUUCAGAAAAGAAGAAGACAUUUUAGAUAAAAAUGUACAAAAUAAUAAUAACACUCAAGUUGAAGUUGACAUGCAUCAUGAUUCAGUUCCUUUUCAGUUAAGUUCCUAGAACCAUAUUUACUCAGUAGACAAUUGCACAAUUUUUUGAGUUUUGAUGAAGACCUACAAUGUAGUAAGUGAAUAUCCUUUGACACCCAUGGGAAGGAGCCACGUUAAAACUAGGUAAAUUACCAAAUCUCAAAGUGAUUUGUCACAAUCCAAUGAAGAUCUUGCCUGUGUUGCAGACACUCUAAACCUUCUGUAUAGAGCAUGCCGUCUGAGAAUUAGUGCACAAUAUCAUGUUUGAAUCCCACUGCGUCACAAAGACAUGCAUGUAUGUCAGCAUUUUGUGAUUGGCUAGGUUCUUACGCUGUUUGUGAUUAGUCCGAUUUGAAAUAAAGUGUUGACACAAAGUCACAUAAUCUCAAUGACCUUUGUAUGGUAUGGUGGAGCCACAAACUUUCCCUUACCAGACAAAUGUCUGCAAAAUUUGCCAUCUUUGCAGAGCUGUCCUUGUUAGUUUGCACCGAAUCACUCUGUAACUUGGCAACUUUACUGAAUUUUAAAAACCUUCCAUCUAGUAGCCUGUAAAUGCAGCUGUAUUUUCAGUCAUGGUGUCCAUUCACCCAACAUAUGUAAUUGGAGAUACAUCUGCAUCCACUUUCCGCAGUGGUGACAAAUCCUAGGGCUACCCUAAGCACUGCCUUAAAAAGUGCCACUCCGAGGACUAAAUCUAGCCAAUACACCCCAUAGUAGAGUAAUUACUGGACUCCAAAUGCCAUGAUCCUAUUUUGUUCUUGGCAUAUUUUAUGAAAAAAGAGUGCAGUUAUGUUUUAUGCAAAAAAAAAAAUACCGUGUGUGAUAACAGUGUUUUGAUAAGCAUGGCUUAAAUUUUAAUCACCUGCAAGCCAAUAACAAUAAUAAUGAUGAUGAAUUAAAGAAGUUCUACAGAACUUUCAUAGUGUAUAGAUUGUGUUUGGAUAAUUUGGAUAUUUAAUCAGUCCAAUACUGCAAGCAAAACAGCUGAUCAUGUGAAUCAGAAAAAAAUUGCUCAAAUUUUUAGCAAAUAAUUUGAUUUUAGUAAAAAAAACAAAUGUAAUAAAUUAUUUAUGGUCAUAUAAUAAUACAAGAAUUUCACCAAAUCAUAUUAUUUACAGUGAUAUAAUAAUAAUAAUAAUAAUAAUAAUAAUAAUAAUAAGAAAACUAACUACAAAAUCCGGCCUAUUUACAAUUAAAUUUUGCUUAAAAAAAAAACUAUCCAGUACAAGUACUAUUUACAAUUCAUUUCGAUUAAAAAAACCCACAUAGUUCCGAUUAAAAAAAUUCAUUUCAAUUAAAAACCGUUAUUCGAAUACUAAUACUAAUUCUACUAAUAACAAUUAUAAAAAGCAUCAAAAAGUUAAUAAAAAAAUAAAAAAACUAUUUAAAAAUAAUAAUUCAAACUGAUAAAAAAGUUACUACUUAGAUAAUAAUAAUAAUAAUAAUAAUAAUAAUAAUAAUAAUACAAGUAUUUAACCAAAUCAGUGGAUAGCAGAUUUGCUUUCAUAACUUGAAAAGCUUUUGGCUACCUAUAGGAUGAGAGUAAAAUUGGGGUGUCAUUUCAUGCUAAUUUUAGAGGUUUAGCAGUAAAUAAAGCACCUGUAAAAUAAAAUACAUGUACAUGCUAAAAAGGUGACAAAAUUAACCUUAUAAGUGUUUACUGCUGGGUAGAAAUAUAUCAAAGUCGUACCCAAAUCAUAGAAAUGCACAGAGCUUUCGCAUAGUAACUCAUUUUAUUUACAAGAAAUAUUUUUAUAUAACUGAUUUGGUUAAAAAUGAAUCAUACAGAUGUAUCUCCCCUUGGGGUAAGUGAAUAGCACUAGGUACACUAUAUGAUAUUAUUCACUGCCUAUUUUGGGUAGUGGAUAAUAUUUAUCAGAUGAAAGCAAGUUCUUAUAAAUAAUAAUUAGAGGAAUAUCGCUUAUCAUAAUGAUUUGAGGCUAAUUUUAUUUCCUGUGGUUGAUGUUCUGUCCGUUAGUAAGGAUGUCACAUCUACAUUGGGAGUGAUGUGUACUUGUUGUCAUCGUACAACCAUUUGCCAAUAGUAUCAAUUGAAUCUAGAAAGAGUAUAUUUGAAGUAUACCACUCAAAUGGAGUUACGUUUUACCUGUACCAACCUUAGAUAAUUAUGAACGAGCUAGUGUUGACUUGCACUUUCAAACCCAAUGUACAUUCUUAUACACUUAUGAAUUUAGAUAGUUUCACAUUGUAUGUGCUUUUUAUUUAAAGGCAUAUAUUUUGUGGUACAUGCAGUGCCCUGCAGAGGCCAAUGGAACUUUCUUUUAAUUUAUCUUGCUUUUUAUUGUACAGUGUAUAUUAAAGAUAAUAAAGUCAUUUUAUUCUUGAAAUUUUUUUUGGUGUCUUAAUUGUUUGUGAGUCAUUUAUGGUACCAAAUAAAAAUAAGAAACAUCUGGAUAAUGAUGUUUUGAUCAAAUUUGCUAUCUUGAGUGAAAGUGUAAAAAAGUGAUAUUUUAAUCAACUUUGUUUACCUUACUUUAAGUAUGGAAAACUGCUAUCAUGGCAAUAUUUGCCAUCCUGAGCAAAGAUACAGAAGAACUGAUAUUUGAUCAACUUUGCUACAAUGGGGAAAAGUAUGGGAAACUACUGUUUUGAUCAUAUCUGCCAUCCUGAGCAAACUUGAGAAAAAAGUGGUAUUUGGCCAAAUUUGCUACCCUGAGCAAAACAGUGGCAAACGUGAAUUUUUGCUCAGAUUUACUAUCCUGGGCAAAACUGUUGAAAAAUGAGUUUUGGUCACUUUUGCUACAUUGAGCAAAAAUGUGGCAAAUUACUACUUUGACCGAAUUUGCUAUAGAGAGCAAAAGCAUUCAAAAAUUCAUCUUCGAUCGCUUUUGCCCAUUUGGGCAAAAACCUGACAAAUGUCAGUUUUGCUAUCAAGUUUGACACCCCUGUAAAUGCCUUGAUAAAGUAAAGGUUAUCCUUGUUUUUACACACGGGGCAAAUUUGAGGCAAAUUCGGCAUUUACCACCUUUGCCACUGAUGCAAAAUUAUGGCAAAGUUGGUCCUAUGUCAUGUGGCAAAAUUGAGCAAAAUUAAGCAAAUGUGGCAUUUGCAGAUGAUUUCCUCCAAAUUUGCUAUAGAGGUAAAUCCGUUUUUUCGUCCAGUGUAAGUGAGACAGUACUCUUCUUUUCUAUUUAAUACUUAAAUGGCUAAAAUGCUGAGUAGUAGAAUCUGUAGGACUCGACCCAAUGAAGGAACCCAAUACUCUCUCUUGGUUCGUUUAUCAUAGUCUACGAUCAGUCAUUUGGGGAGAUGUACGAUAAGAUGCUGGCGUAAGCCUUUCCGAAUUCUUUCCUGAAAGACGCUGUAACAUACUUUCUUUGUUUAAGGUUAGCAAAAGGCCUCGAAGCCAGCUUUUCUAAUCAACUUGGAACAACGCCGUUUUGCAACCAAGUCCUCGCUGGAUGGGAUUUUUGUAUUACUGAAGAGAAGACGGCCAAACUCAUUGGGGAGAAUUUUGUGCAGUCUGUCAGGGUAGGCAAAGUGACCAGAAAUUAUUUAAUUUGGUAAAUUCGUUCAGUAUUAUUCGUUUUGGUAUUAUUGUGGCAGCCCUAAAUAAAUAAUAAACUCUACCGCUACAAUUUAAACAAAUUCUCUCUCUUUUUUGUUCCUGGUUACCAUUUUUCUUGAGGGUUUCCAAUAAACACAAAUGGAGAGAACACAUGUAUUGUGGUCGACUAUAUUACAGGAUGUCUUCUUAACCCCUUUUACACGAGUCCGGAGAAAUUUUUGAACGGACAAAAACUUUCACAGAUCUGCGCUGCCUUGCGCUUACACGGAUCCUGCGGAACCAAGCAACGCAACAUUUGAACGGCAAUGAAAGUGUGCAAGGUAUUGACUUGAUCACAAGAUGGUCAAAAUUUUCUACCGCGUUGCAGGUUCCGCUUCAGUCAGACUGGUGUAAACACCUGAACCGGGCAUGUCUUUGCACAGUUUGCGCAGAAGCCUAGUUACGCGCAUUUGAUAAGUCGGACUCUCUCUCGUAAACAAUACAACCUGUAACAGUAAUUUCACGGCUCCGUGUAAAUGAUUAGCACUGGUAAAAGAUUCGUCCGCUCAAAAAUUUGUCCACACCCCUCUAAACGAGGUCGUAAGUAAUCUGCCGAACCUGUAGAUUCGGGAAGAGUCGAACGGAUUUGCCUAAAACGUCUAACUCGUGAAAUAUCUAGUAAAAACAGCAAGUGAACUUUGAAAGGGAAUACCUGGGUAUCCUGAAGGUAUCCUAAAGGUAUGCUAAGGGUGUGAUAAUUGUGAUAAUACAAUUUUUUUCGGAUGACUUAUUGCAUACACGAAUACUAAACGGCAUCACUCUUCUGCCAGAUCAUGACAUCACCGUCCAUUAUUCAAAGGUAUACGUAGUCUCAAGAUAGGGCGCUUUAACGUUAGCGUACUACUUGAUUAUGUAAGCGAGAAAUUACACCCGGUUAUCGUCCACAGGCCUACAUCGCUGAAGAAGAGAGGAAGAACAAAGUUAAAUCUCGAUCACAAAAGGCGAAAUGUCUGCUGUACGCUCUGAGAUGCUUCAUUUCGUUCCUUGUUUUUGUACUAGUGGGAGGAGCAAUCUACUUGAUCUAUCUUUCUGUAGACGUUUCUACCAACCCGGUGAGUACAUUAACUCGGUCAUCACCAAUAAAUGUUGCAAUAAACAAUGGAUAUAUGAAAUUCGUAUGUCAGAAUUGCGGGACAAAAGAAUAAACUGAAUAUACUGCAAUGGUCUUCUUUGAAUUUAAUUCUUAGUUCCGCAGUUCUGACAGAUGAAUUUCUUGUAUUUGUGAUACAGUUCAUAUUCGUCUAUUCACGAGUUUAUAAUGACCCAACUCAAUGACCAGCUCCUCAUUGGCUUGUUAGCUCUAUUAAUGGUAGAACGCCGCACCGCUCUGAAUGAUGAUCGUCUCUACAUUUAACAUGAUUCAAUUAACAUUAUUUCUAAAGAUUUAGUGACAUAGGAUCUAGUAAAGUCAUCUAUAAGGGAACUGAAGCAACCACGGCGACCACGCCAAAGAUAACGUAAAAAACCUGAUCGUUUCAUGUGCAAAACAACAGCAUUACAGUUCUUCAUACUUUUUAGUGUAUUUCCCUGAUUUUACUCCACGACUAUCACCUGAAAACUCCCAAAGCUACGAUUUAUGGAGGAAGAGGUGAACAAAACACGACGAAUUUAGUUUUCUUCCCUCUUUUUUCCCGUAUCUGUUUGUGCUCAUUUCGGUUGUAGUAAAUAUUGACGGUCUUUUGAAUAUGUAAUUAAACCUUUUCGCCUGGAAAUAUAUAAGGUUUGAAAAGUUCACUGUUAUAAAUACGCCUAAUUCAAUAAAGGUUCCUUUAAGUAUUGGGUUUUCAUAUCCCAUUUCAGAAAAUGUUGAAGACAUAAUGCUAUAGCCUUAUUGACAUCUUGAUCUUUCCAAAGCAUUAUCUUCAAAUGGCCUGGGAAAAAGAUCCACGUUUGGUCCAGCUUAUGAAUUUUGCACCGUCUCUAACCAUCACCAUCAUGAACGUGGUAUUACCAUUCGUAUUCAAGAAACUGUGCCUUUUUGAAGACUGGAGUCCCAGCUUUGAAGUGACAAUCAACAUGUGUAGGUACGUUUCCUUCAUCCAUUCUCUGGCGAUUUUUUGUUGCAUAAAGAGUCAUUAAUGUCUCUGCUCCUUUAUGAUGCAUGCUAAACGCGAAGUGACUUAAUUAUAAAACAAAUAAUGACAAGUUGGCGAUAAUGGGGGAGCACUGCCUUGCGCUAGGUUAGCCUGUGCGACUUCCGGCAAUGGCAUGGGCAAAGAACCUCACUUAUCUCCCCAGCACUACGAGCUGAAUGUAAUACAGCACGUGCUGGAUCGGACAAGAGUAUUGGUGAGCAAAGAACCUCACUUAUCUCCCCAGCACUACGAGCUGAAUGCAAUACAGCACGUGCUGGAUCGGACAAGAGUAUCGGUUUGCAGGCGAUGUUAAACGGCAAUGCGGCCCAACAAGCUUGGGGGAAGUCGCUGCGCAGACUUAACCGCACUGCGAGGAGUGUCCCUAGUUUAUUUGAAGGCGUAGCACAAAACAAAGCCCAAACCUCGUCUCCAAAGGGAGGGAGGGAGGGAAAAAUUUUACAAGAAUAGUAUACUGAGCGCUUAAACCUUGCUGAACACUGGAACCCAAGUGAACUCUGAACAGUUGUACUAGGCUUUUAUAGCUAGACGCAUGUCUGCUGGCAUAGCCAGUAGCAAAGGCUGUAUUAUAAGACAGCUCAGAGUUGCAUGUGCAGACUCUUAGCCAUGAAUAGUGCUUUGAAAAUAAUGGCCAAUGCUGUGGCUCGUACUAGCCUGCUUAAAACAACAAGGCCGUAAGUUCUACGCUAGAAUACAAUGCAUCUUAGAGUUCACUGACCUUGGCAGCUUGACUACACAAUUGCUUUGUUGAAAAAGAGCCGCCAUGAAUGGGUUAUUGAUAACUAGCGUCACGUUCCAUUAACUACAUUUUACUGGCGUGACAGUAAAAUUGCUUUUAAUGUCUCUGCUCCUUUAUGAUGCAUGCUAAACGCGAAGUGACUUAAUUAUAAAACAAAUAAUGACAAGUUGGCGAUAAUGGGGGAGCACUGCCUUGCGCUAGGUUAGCCUGUGCGACUUCCGGCAAUGGCAUGGGCAAAGAACCUCACUUAUCUCCCCAGCACUACGAGCUGAAUGUAAUACAGCACGUGCUGGAUCGGACAAGAGUAUUGGUGAGCAAAGAACCUCACUUAUCUCCCCAGCACUACGAGCUGAAUGCAAUACAGCACGUGCUGGAUCGGACAAGAGUGUCGGUUUGCAGGCGAUGUUAAACGGCAAUGCGGCCCAACAAGCUUGGGGGAAGUCGCUGCGCAGACUUAACCGCCACUGAUGCAUGCCAGGCAAUGCAUCCCCCCAAGCCCAACCAAGAGAACGAAUAAAACAAAUAGAAAAUACGGAAGCUAGAUUGGCUGGGAGCGUCCAGGAACAAUAGCCAUCCUGGGAGCCACAGACUCUAAUGUAGAUUGAGGAGUUUUGAUAUACAGCUGGUAACAGACCGAGGACCAGCAGCUGAGAAACUUUACAAGCCAAGCUGGCAAGCUGGCGGCGGCUGCAACGGAGGCCGCACCGAUGAAAAAACUAUGCCUUUUUUGGCGUUGAUAAGGGAGGCCAGCGACCCUCGCACUAUCUUUUAGGAGGUCGUAUACGAUGCCCCGGGGGACGUAACGACCUGAUUGGAAAUAAAACAAAGAUCCGUGCGGCGGCCUAGCUUAGAGAAAAUACUCUUGCAUAGCUGCAAUGGCGCAAAGGGGGAACAAGGUGUGAACUAUAGUGAGUGACUGACUUUCCCUAGUAAUGUCUGUCUUAGACGAUUUUAGAUAUACUAUUAUGCACCGUGAGCGCGCCAGGCUGGGGUGAAAAGUUAUCGGUAAAGAACGCCGGGCUACUACGAAAGAUUGGCCAGUCUAAAACUGCCAGUUUGACAUCGACUUAAGGCUAAGAAGAAAGUGCUGCGGGCAGCCAGACUUGGGGAGAAAGUCGCGCAAUCCGUGCUGAGGUUAAACUCAGAACUAAAAAACUACAAGCCCCAGGUACGUAACCUCGCUACAACGAGGAAGGCGGGAAAGGCUAGCGUGAAUGCGGCCCAGAUCAUGGAAAAAAGCCCAGAAAACCAAUCAGCUUUCCAGGAUGAACACAUUAUUAAUAAGCGCAAACCGUGCGUGCGUCUGAUGGGCUGGCACUGAUUUGAGGUGUAUCCGCCUGAUACGAAAACCCUAAAAAAAACCCUUGGGGAAAAGAGGGAACGUAUUCUCCCAGUAAUGCAGAUACACAACCCCUAGAGAACGGGGCAACCAGUGCCAGCAAAAAACAAGUUACGCAGUAGGUUUUAAACACAGUUCAUAACGUGCAAAAUCCAUGAUGUACCAGGGACCAGGUGCCAACUGAAGGCAGCAACAGAACUCUUGCAAUGCAGACGGCAGGCGACUCAGACAUCCCACUGCUUGGUGGCAAAGAGAUAAAUGACACAACAUCCCACAUGGCCAGUGGAGGCAGAAGGUAAGUGAGACACGGACACUAGGUCACCUGGAGAGACGAACCUCGGGGUGGGAUGCGGAAAUACAACAGUGCAGGUAUGCAAUUACAAAACAAAACAAAAAACACAGAGUUAAACUGAGAAGGGAUCAGUAAAGUAUAAUAUGAUAAUUGUUGUAAUUCAAGUCAAGUCAACGACAUUUAUGCAAGUUGCGCGUGUGCAAGCGGGAAUAGAUUGUGCUAAUUGCACUGUUGAUAACAGCUUAAGAGGUAUAUCCCCAGGUAACUAUUAUAAUUACAGAAUCCAUUUACGUGAGAGAAGAAAAGUGGCCCGGUAUACCCCGUAUGGUUAUACCAGGGUACAUAACCACAAGGGCUCUUGGUUGGGGUACGUUAACCAAGGCAAGAGGGGCAUGUGCGUAGAACCAAAGACAUAAUGCCAGGGGACAAAAAACCUGAUCCCAGUGAAACUGAGAAUAAACGUAUACUAGCGGUGAGCAAACACAAACAAGAAAACUAUGAAAUUCUGGGGCUUAAAUUUCUCUGCAUAUGACUGAAUAUACACGCACACAUAUUUACAAAAAGACACAUUCCAUAAUUAAUGAAACGUAGCUAGCCCGGCAAAAUGUAGCGACGCCAAGCUAUGGACUAGCCUGACCCAGAAGGCAACAGGGUCUGAAAAGUAUACCCAGAGCCAAAGGUACGGGAGAAUGGAGGAAAACAGGGACAACUCAGCCCUAUGUAUCCAUAUACGAUGGUCCCACAGUAGCAGGAAAGAGUAUCAUGGCAGAGAGGCCGGGAAAUGACCCUGCACACCCGCGCGAACAAAAUAACUAGAACAAAUACUAGUAUAGCUAAAAUUAACCACUGCUCUACCUUAAAUCGAAAUGACAAGAAAAAACUGCAAGAGCAAAUAGUAAGCACUGUUAAAGACCGGCCGACAAUGACCUGUUUGAUUCUAGAAGAAUAGCGACUGCACCAGAGAGCCACGGGACGUAACAGGGUGGACAAGGGUAUGCUAUAUAACACUUUCCCCAUACGAAACUAGCCUACCGCGCAAAUAACGCUAAGAGAAGGUAUCAAAGUUAAUUAACAGUGAUGACAUCACAAACAAACAUGCACCUAAAGCAUCGAUUAAGUAAGAAGAUUAAACUUAAAACUGCUUCGCUUGCCAAGGAACGGUAUCAAGAACAAAGGGCUUCCAGCGGAUAUUUUAGCUAAAAGGCAUUCGGUCAGCACCAUGUCUAUGUGCUGAAGAAAUAUACUUAAUGUCAACAAUGAUUACCGUAUAUGUUUAGUUUUCACGGCGGAGAAGAGUAUCCUAUCCUUCCAGGUUGAUACUUAUUACGCAGUCUCAACAAUGAACUACUUGACACAAAAUGCUCAAUUAAUAAAGCUGAUCUGGUACAAGCUAUCUGUUACGGAAAUUCCAUGCAUACAGAUUAAUUAAACCUUUUAACGUAUACAUUAGAACACUCAACACGAACUUAAAUUACCCUUUCCAUGCUAACCUGGGAUUCUGAAACACGUAGACGUAAAAAUACAUGCAGUGUAUUUGUAUGCCCGUCCCCAGGGGGAAUUAAUGCAGCCUCUGAAACCGAGAUGACUGGGGCCUCGGCAGACUUUAAAAACAUUUGAAAUAGGGAAACAAAUAAAUACUGUUCGAACCUCGCGAGAAUGGCAGUGAGACGGGGGGGACUGGGGAAGAACCCAGACCUAUCAUUGUUUUGUGUAACGCCAUGCGGGCUAACAGGAGAUCGGAACAACGGGAACCGCACAACUGUGACAAGAAAUGUGACGAAGGAAAAACAACCUAUUUGCGAAGCGGAACAAAUGAGGAAAAUAGUAAGAUAUAGAAAAAACGCCGUACCUGAACCAGAGCAGCACCCAAACAGCGGUAGAUGUGGAAGUCGUAGAAAGCAGGCGGCGACAUAACUGAAUCAAGCGAGAAGAAGCUUCCAGUGGAAAUGUUCGCUUAAGAAAACAGCGGCACCCAAACGGCGGUAGAGGUAGAAGGCAGGCGGCGACAGAGUGAGCUGGGCGAUGACAAGAACCUGAGGAACCUGAUCAUGGAGAUGGGAUAUGUGUUGGUGUGUUGCCUGUCCCGUUGUUUUGCCACAAGCCCAGUGUUCUUGCUCAAAAAAUGGUCAAGAGCGUAGUGCCAGAAAUGGAGAGAUCCCAGUACGACGAACUGGAUAGGUAAAAUCCGACCGAAGGAUGCGUGAUGGCCGGUCCACGGUAAAGUAGGGUAUUAAAAGAGAGUUCCUCAAAAUAUUGCCACAACUCCCACGUGGAUCUUCGUAAGGCGUCCAUGAAAGCCAGAACGAUCUAACGUGUGGCACGUGUACGGGGUCGAGGAAAGGUGCAAAUGGAUUUCGCGAUGCGACUGAAGGACAUCUAAAGGGGAUGACGCGUAGUAGCCCCCGAAAAAAUUUUUUACACGUUAACUUUGAAUGACUCGGCAUUGCAAAACUACCGUAAAAAUUUUACAAGAAUAGUAUACUGAGCGCUUAAACCUUGCUGAACACUGGAACCCAAGUGAACUCUGAACAGUUGUACUAGGCUUUUAUAGCUAGACGCAUGUCUGCUGGCAUAGCCAGUAGCAAAGGCUGUAUUAUAAGACAGCUCAGAGUUGCAUGUGCAGACUCUUAGCCAUGAAUAGUGCUUUGAAAAUAAUGGCCAAUGCUGUGGCUCGUACUAGCCUGCUUAAGACAACAAGGCCGGAAGUUCUACGCUAGAAUACAAUGCAUCUUAGAGUUCACUGACCUUGGCAGCUUGACUACACAAUUGCUUUGUUGAAAAAGAGCCGCCAUGAAUGGGUUAUUGAUAACUAGCGUCACGUUCCAUUAACUACAUUUUACUGGCGUGACAGUAAAAUUGCUUUAAAAAAGCAGAUGAACAGGUGAUCCUUUCUUGUUUGAAUCAGCACAAAGUUGAAUUUUAUUUGAUGGGUGGGUCUCACGAUUGUGUCGUCCUUUCACUGCUAGUGAACUGCUUAUUUCAUUAAGCCGUAGUUACUGAGCUAUAUGAGUGUGCGAAAAAAUCAAAAUGUAUCUCUUCGUUUUUCCCGGCAAUCUACACCGUCCAGCAAUUGAAGUACCUAGCAGGUUUGAACAGAGUAACCGACUGUAUCAACAAGGAACCGUUAAUUCCCUUUUUAUAUGGGGGGUCGGGGGGAUCUGUUUCCCCAGAAAAUUUUGAAAGUUCAGAGCCCUAAAAUUCGAUUUCCAGUGUUCUGGGGACUAAAUUGAGGACAAAAGAGCGUGUUUUUAAGUCAAGAAAAUGUAGUUUUUAUUCAAGUUCCGAUUAAUUAUCAGCCACACAAUCAAUUCCUACAACCAAUGAACAAAUAAUAACAACUAAAUUAAGUUCUUUUGCAUGUAAACAAAUUCUGCGUAAACCUAUAAAGAAACUUGUGAAAAAUUGAGUGAUGUAUAGCGUUCACAUGAGUAAAGCAUAACGUAAAACCAGUCCCUUGUUGAAAACACAUGAUAAUUGAGUUUUCAUUUGACGCGAUUUGUUGGCCGUCGGUGCUUAUUGCAACCCCUGCAGUACCUAUAUUUAGUUUUCUUGGAAUGUGUAUAUACACCUUCUUCAAAAACGAUUGUCGGAGAGAACGGCGAAUGGCAAUUGUCGAACGGAGAUUGUACGACCGAAAGGACCUGUGGGUUUGAAUAUUGAUGGUAAAUAAUCAACUAUCUAAGCUAGUGAAUGAUGCCGCCUUCGUUUAGUGAAGACAUUCGAUGGCGGGUUAUAUGGUUUGCCCAUGUUCUUCAGCAUUCAGUUGCAGAGGCUUCAUUCGGGAACAACAAUUGAGCGCUAUAUUUCUAAAUUUCUUGUGACUGGCGAUGUAAAGUCGGAGACAAUAGGCCGUUCAUACCAGGAAACGAGGAACGUCUUUCAAUUGAAAAAUGCGUGAGUUUCUUUUGUCUUUGGAGUCAAGAACCCUCAGACAAACGUUCAUAGUUGGUGUAUUCAUUUUCACGCAAGGUGAACGGAACCUAUGAAGUUGUGCAUUUCAAAUAGCGUAACCACAGUUCCUUUCGGUCGUGCAACCUCUGUUCGACAUUCGCCGUUCGCCAAUCUCUCCGCCAGCCUUUUUUGAAAUAGCUUUAUACUCACAUGCCGCUUGCUGUCUGCCUUCUGUCAACGAGUAACUUGAAAGAGACUACAGUAGUGUUAAUAGGCAUGUACGCCAUGGGCAUACCCUUUAGUCAUCACCAGUGGUGUCACUGCAUGGUGCGCGUUUUGGUGAAAACCUUUGGAAAGUCGCGGUCACUCUAUAACGACCAAAGGGCGAAACCAAGAACUAGUAGUAGCAGCUGGUCAGAGUCAAACGCUUUGAUUCUUUCGUAAUGAUCAUCUAUAAAUGUUCUUUGUCGCGUGAAGAUAAAUUAGUUUAAGUGUCACUUCAUUUGAGUGCUUAUAAUAUCGGAAAAUUGUUUCCAAAAGCUCUUUGAGAGCAUUUAUCACGGCCAAAAAUAGCCGGUACUGUACUUAUCUGUCCAUGUAUCUGUGGAACUACAAAGAACUGCAACUGAAGAAACUUCAAAGCGACCCCUCUUUUUUGAUUUCCACAGAAUGGUUGUGUUAAGGAUGACAUCGCUAGUUGUUCUGAUGAUAACACUCUACACCACCGUGAAUGACCGAUGUGGAAAUGAACCUUCCACGUGUUGCCAACAGGUAAAGAUUUUUUCAAAACACUGAUCAAAGCAGAUAGAUAUUUGACUUUGCUCGAACCUGUUAUCAAGCGUUUGUUGUCUCUUGUGUUGCCCUUCAGUCUUGUCAGAGCUGCUAAAGGGUGCCAGUGUACGGAAAUAGGAGUAGGCUCUAAUUGAAAUAGCUAGGUUAACAGUUAUGGUUGAUUUAUUAGGUCAAAAUUAUUUGGGUUUAUGGCUUAUUGAAACAGAAUGUAACCAAAUAAACGAAAUAAUUAGUUUUGUGCCUUAACGCCUUACAGAACUGGGAGAAUCAGAUUGCAUCGCAAAUGUACACCUUGAUAUGGACGGAUUUUUUCGUUCACGUCUUUACGCUGCUUGUGGUCAAUACCAUCAAGAAGUAAGUAUUUUAUUUAAGUGAUAUCUGUCUCUGUAAUGUUGUGCUUCAGUGGCUGAAGAUAUCAUCGCCUAUCGCAAACUUAAUCCGACUAAACCAACCACUGAACGUACGAAUAUGUAGUUUGCAUGAUGGAAAGAGGAGUCGUUUUGACUUAUGACGAUGAGGCAACGUUUAUGUAUUCUCGGUGUUAUCUAUUGGAGACAUGUAUAAGUAAAGCUUCCACUGCUGCAACAGCUUAUUCAUUGUUAUUGUUGCAGCGAAUUUGAACAAAAGCAUCUUAUAUCAAGGGAAAGACAACUCCUCUCCUAAAGGACGCCACAGCGUAAUUUUCCCGAAUAAAAGCACAUCACCGAAUUGCGCUGCCUGUAGUUUUCUUCUAGAAUGCGGCGCUUUUUUUGCCUGAGGCAUGAAUAACUGUCUCCUUUUCUUUCUUUUACUAUCAAGCCCCGCUUUUAAAUACUCGGAACAUCGGAAGGACGCAAAUUUCUCUCGAUUUUCUAAUGCUGGAUAGUGUUCUCAGUUGUAAUUAAGCUAUUUACUCUGUUUUGCUGAAAAACGCUGUUUGAAGCUAGCGGAACCGUCCUCUAGCCAAAGAAUAAAAACUUACUCAGGCGUUGUUUACAAGUUGAGCACUACAGCUUCCUAAAACCUAAUGCAAACGGAUGCAACAUUGUUGGCCAACUACUCCCAACAUUGUGGGAUGUUAAAAGUUUAAUUACAUGAUGCGUCCGUUUUCACACCCGGUUGUAUCUGGUUGCAUUUUUUUGCGUGUUUUUGGGAGUUGUUGCACAUAGUUUGAAACCAGUCAAACUUUCUUGCUACAUGCAAACGGACACAACAACAUGGUUGGUCCAAGAAUGUUGUGAGUUGUUGCGUCCACUUGCACGUAGCUAAAGAUUCUUUCGCUUUUUCCCGUCCCUCUGCGGAAGUUAGACGCCAAAGUUUUCAUGAGUCAUCGAGACUGAUGACGUCAUAAGUGGUACACGAAACGUGGAUCAACGCUGGUGAUGAGAUUGUGUUAAUUGAUAUCUAUCUUUCUCAGGCUUUUGUACAAGUACGUAUCGUAUUUCAGAAAACUGGGAUUGCCGGAGUUUGACAUCGCUAAAGAAGUCCUCGGCCUUGCAUACGGUGAAUGUCUCAUUUGGUGAGUAAUUAAAUUUCAAACCUCAACCCUUUGAAAAAAGUUGAUGUGCAUAGUCAAUAGAGGGCACCCCUUUAUAACUCCGAGUCAUCAUAAUCAGAAAAACUUCAAUCGUUACUGCCGUUACAAUAAUAGCCCAUAUUUUUGGCAAUAAAAUCUGGAAGUGGAGCAAGGACUUGAACAAAAAAAAGUAAUAUUCUAAAAUGAUUAUAUGAUAAAUAUUCAAACCUUACGAUUUUGUAGUAGUAUAUCCACAAAGUGUUUCUUCGCCUACCAUUUUUCGGAUUCAGAAGGCGCAAAGGCGAACGUAAAGGCACAAAAUGAAAUAAACAUGGACUAAGAAAUUUUUCCCUUUAAUAAACUCCGUGUAGCCUUUUUUCCAUAGAUAAGAAAAGACUUGUGAAUUUUGUAUCGAAUAAGUUCUUACCAAGUAUUAUGGACAAUACCAAACGGCCGUUUUUACGCUAGAGAUGGAUAAUUAGUCUGUAAAUUUUCCGUCUUACUGUGAAUUGGAGUCGGAUUCACAUUGUAAAUUUGCCUUGUCCCGGAUUCACAUUAAACGGAUGAACCAUUUCUUCGAAGCUUGGAAGCGGUUGCCAAUCCAUUACAAAGGCGGACAUUCUUCAUUCGACGUCAAGAAAAAGGGAAAACUUGAAAGCUCUAAUUUACUACUUUACAGAAAAAAGCUUAAAAAUUUACCCCUCUGGAAACGUUUCAGAGCCGACACUCGAGUAGUUUGCUGUUUGCGCAAAAUCCUUUGGAACUUGCAAUCAAACUUGCUAGUAAAUUUCUUGAGGACAUGAAAAAGGGACUUUAAGACAUUUUUUCAAGCACAGAGAAUUUGAACCAAGUACGCACUGAGACAAACUUUUCUGCAUGUGUGUCAGUGAUCUUAACGGUAGAUUUGACUGAGCCUAAGUUUACAUGGCACCCGACGAAUUCUCGACCGGUUGAAAAUUCGUGCGUUUAGGUGUUCCGUUUACACGGAACCACCUUAACCGAACGGAAAUUUAGACGUCUAACCGUUCAAGGCUCGUGUGAACAGAGCAAAUAUAGUUAACGGUUCCGUGUGCCGUGUGAACGUAGCCUGAGCAGUCGAUGUGAUUCAGGUCUAUUUUCUUUUAUUUACAGGAUUGGAACUUUCUUUAGCCCUAUAAUGCCAGCAAUGGGUGCUGUUAAGCUUAUCAUUAUGUUUUAUGUGACCAAGGUAUGAACUGAAUGAUAGAGAUGAGAUGGUAAAUUUUAAGCCCAGGGAAUACAUGAGAAUGAUGUUUUUUAGUCAGUCACACAGGCAGCUCGAUUACUCCUGUGACGUUCUGGUUACUUGACGUCCAGAUGCUCUACCACUGUGAGCUACAAGAGACUGUUGGGAACUAUGGCCACUAAGCUAUGUUCUUGUGACAAACGUCUUGCAUGCUGCUAGGACUGGAAUGUUGACAUAAGUAUAAACUAAUUGGGCACAAUAGCGUUUCUCCAAUGCAACUCUCGGAACUUCGCAAACCAUAACACUAUUUUGUUCUAUAAAGCUAAAAUCUAUCAGUAACUUCUAAUGUAUAUCAUAAUUUUCAGCGUGGCCGAGCAGUUAGGCCGUUGGACUUGUACUUCAGAGGCCCCGAGUUCAAGUCCUCGGCCACGCUUUUAAAACACAUAGCUUGUUUGCCUCCAACCAGUUAAGAUUCUUAACCACGUUAUGUUCCAUUUGAAUUAUUUGUUUUAUUUGCCCUGAAAAGCCUUAGAAGGGGAGAGGAUAAUUAAGUAUUUAAAUCUAAUCCAUGUGAAGAGUAAAUUAUGCUGGACUAUCAUCUUACAAAUCAAUUUUAAAAUGCAGAGGUCCAUAAUGAUCCGUUGUAAAUAAACUGAAAAUUUCACACCUGUCCUAUAAAAAAAUUGAAAACGCGUCCUUUCAGUCACAAACGAAUAAAGUGCGUUGUUCAGUAUCCAUUUGGAAGAGCAUUUUCGAAAGGUCCCGUUUUCAAAAUGACUUCUGUAGGCGCUAAAACGCAAAGCAGUGAGAUAUUUUCAAAGUAAAAUCCGCUCCGGGUAGGUGUAAACGAUAAGCGCAACCGUAAAAAUAAAGUUGCAUUUUCAAUUGUGGCAUGGAACAGGGCCUAAACUGUGCAUGCAACGAAAUGUCUCUUUAGUGAAACCACCCUUACCCCGGAAACGCGUGUAUCGUGAAUGCCAUCAUGCAAGAUACCUGCCCAUAAGUACCGAACUGAAUUAGCUCCGUAACAACGCCAGUAGUACAGUAGCGAUCGGUUACUUCCUAUUUUGGCAGUGGAAUCUCAUUAACUCGCGGUGCAAUACGUCAACAUAGAUGAUGGAAAGUAAUAAAGUUGUGGUGAUGGUGGUGGAGGAGGAAGGAGCACAAUGGAAACGUGGUGGUUAUGAAGAAGAGGGAAAAUAACGGAAAUGUGGUGGUUGUGGUGGAGGGAAAACAAUUUAUAUGCGAUGGUGGUAGUGGUGGAGGAAAAUCAAUAGAAUUGUGGUGGUGGUGGUGGUGGUAGCUGGUGAAGAAAAGAGUAGAAAUCCUUUUUCGUGCUAAAAAGAGGUAAAUUCGCUUCGCCAUGGUGAAUACACACAAUUUGUCGCCGAAAACAGGUAAAGCAGAACCAGGAAAAUGAGUUGUCUGCAACGGGACAAUGACAGCUGCAGAAAAUAUACUUGCAUCAUUACGUGACGGAUCAGUGACUUUUAAUGGCAGAGAUGUUAGUGCAUGUUCCUUCGAUAAAAUGAAGCAACCAAUGAACGUCUAGAUGAUUUUCAGUCAAUCAAUAAAAAAUUAUGACUCGCACUAUCUAAAAAUAGCUAAAGGCCCGUCAAGCCAGUUAAACCACCUAAAAAUAACACAUGGUCCUAUCUUAAUGAGAUUCCACAACAAAAGAGGAGUAACUAGUCCUUACUAUACUACUAUGUGUGGAAUUUUGAAGCAAUGGAAUUAAGUGCAAACUCAGAAGCACUCAGCAGGAACAUAUGAUAACACUUUCCUCAUUCUGUUGAUUAUCUGUAGGUGUCCGUGAUGUUCAGCAAUAAACCUCCAGAGAAGGUGUAUCGUGCCAGCCGUUAUAAUUACAUUGUGACAGUUUUACUUCUCCUCUCAGUCUUUAUGUGCAUUUGUGUUGUUGGGUGGGGCGUUACUAGGUGAGUAUGCAGCCCAAUAAUUUUUGCUUACUUUAAAAAUUGAUGUAGAAUUCAAACAAGUCUCUAAGUCAAGUUGCAAUGUUUGGUACACUUUUCACCAUUUCUUUCUGUCCUGCAGAUUAUCUUUUUCGUACGUUUUCUUUUUGUUGAAUGCUUACGCUUUGCAGCGAAAUUUUAAAUUCUCAUGUCCUAAUUAAGAAAAUUCAAUUUGGAUCCAAUGAUGAGUAAACAAAAAGACGUAGUACAUGUUAUUCCAUAGCGCGUCAACUAAGUGUUAAUUAGAGGUCAGUAGUACAUAUACUUAGUAAUCUGGCUAAACAAAGCCUGUCAGUACUUGACACAACUUAGAAUAUCGUCUAGAAGCUCAUAAAGUUAAAUUUACUAACAACGAAAUGUAAAUGUAAAAUAAAUAAGUUUUUUUCUUUGAUCUUUUCCAGGAUGAGACCAUCCUGCCUAGGACCUUUCAGGUAAAUAUCUAUAAAUUCACCUUUCAAGGGAAAGAAUUGUGAAUGUUUGUGGUUUGUAAAGCGGUAUAUUCUUGGAAGGUGGGGACGGUUAUAUGCCGCAAACCCUUCAUAAAGCCCCUCUGUGUGGCUUAUUUAUUUCUAUCACUUUGAGGGGUGUCAUAAUGCGAAGGUGAUGUUACCAGUUCUCCAUAAACAACGUAUAGACCUGCCAAUGUGGAAAACUCAGGCACAUUAAGUUGGAAGUCACGCAGACGAAGAUCAAAAACAAAUCUGAACUUCUAGGACCUGAAUAGACCAUACCAUGUCAGCCCACAUGAAGUGUUAAAGUAGUGAUUAAUAAAUACAGUCUAUCAUUUAGGAACGGGAGAAGUUCUUAAAAGAGAAGAGUGGGCUUAAUAACUUUCCUUUCCUGAAAAGGGAUGGCUUAAUAGAGAGAAGGUCCUUAAUGGAGGAUUUACAGUAAGCAUAGUUUGUUGUGCGUCUAAUAACAGGGCUUUUGUAUCUAGAGUAAUUGUCCGUCUGCAAAAACGUUAAAUGAAUUACUAGACUUUUAACAAAGGUGACGAAGGAUUCCUUACCUUAUGAUAACUUGUGAUGUUUUGCAGCAAUAAAUAUUGCAUAGAUGAUGCGAGGAUCUUUGAUGUUCUCACUGAGGAGAUGAAUUCAUGGCCUCCAGUUGUUCGUGAACUUAUCGGAUAUGGCACCACAGCAACAUUCUUGUUUCCUAUUCUGACCGUAGUGUGGUUAGUAUAUAGUUACUGAUCUUUUGUAAUUCAUGUGUCUGCGUUUCUGCUGCUAUGUUCGCUAUUUGGAGGCUGCGCGCGAAAUAUACCCUUCCCCGCUUUUUCUUCAACAUUUGAUAAAGAGCAGUAAGCGAAUAUGCUGACACGAAGAGCCUAUGAUUGCCGAGUAACUGAACAGGUUUAAAAGUGACAGGUCCAAAGAGAGCAAAGAUCUUACUCCCCAAAGUCGCGAGAUUUUACAGACGUUUAUAUCGUAGGGGCACAAACUUGCCCCCAUGCACCAAACAAACGGCUGCAAGAUUUAAUACUUCCGCCUAAAACGUUGCUGGAAACGUCUCGAACUGGGAAGGUGAAUAAAGCUCCAAAUCCAAAAUACCCUUGCUGUAUGAAAAGAGGAUAAGGUCGGGUUUAUUUUCUUGUUGAGAUUUGUUCUGCUCAAGUUCUUAUACACCGUGUUUUUCUUUUGCAGUUUGAUGCUGUUUUACUUCAAGUCUUUGACAACAUAUCUAAUGGACGUGAUUGAAACUUUAAAGGAUCAGAUAGCAUUGGUACGUUGCCUUCAUAGUGUAGCAAGCUGUUCCUCUUCGAGUAUUUUGUUUAAGGCAUGCACGUUUGAUCCUGACUACUUUUUAGAUCCAGCCAAAUAUAAGCUCAAGCAUUUCGUCCAAAAUACUGUCGUAGAAUUCUCAUGUCUUAAGCCCUCUGUUGUACUUCAACAAUCGUUUCCUCAGACCAGCUAAAUAUUGUUAUUUUCAAACUUCCCGAUAAUUAGAAAAAAACCCUCUCCAGGAGAGUUGAAGAAAUCGCUCAGAUUCAGUGUUCUGUGGGCAACAACAAAAAGCCAACUUUGGUAACAAGUUCAUUUCAUUGUGGUGGCAACGACAAUGGAGAUUUCAAAGCGGGUUUUCGAUAAGGGACUAGAAGUUAUCAAAGUUUUUUUAACCUAAAAGUCAGAAAUUUAGUUAGUUAGGUAUCCCAGUUCUUAUUCACACGUUAUAUGCCCCGUCGGAUGAAAGUGUCCCAACAAAUUUCUAGUUUUUAAUUAAUUAACACACCGUGUAUGAGCUUAUGUUCCAGCCUUGGGUUUCUCAAUGUGCCCGCGGUACUACGGUCGUGGGGCCAGUAACGCGGGCCCAUCGAGACAAGGACGGAGCUUGAACCCAACUUUUUAUUGCUUGAAUCCACAUGUCCUUGUUAUCUUUAAUCCACUUGCCUUACCUAGCUGUAUAUUGUCUGUUGUUUCAGGAGGGUAGGGACAAGACAGUUCUUAAACGAAAACUUGCAAGCAGUAGAACGGCUAGCACUUCAGCUGUGAACCAUGACAACUUCUCGACCUCAAACAAUGCACAGCAAGCAACAUCGCCUCAAAGGGGUGUAAAUUUCUAA